CUAACUAGUUGGGGUUCAGUUUGAUGAAGAACUUCUGCAGACGGAGAAAAAACUGAGCCAUUUUAUCGUUCAAACAGGCUUUUAAGCAAACUCCAUCGACCGUUAUUAAUCAGCGGGACAGAUAGGCUGACGAAAAUACCGAUAAAUGUAACGCCAGAUUGAUUUAUUUGUGAAAAAGACGAACCGUUAAAGUGAUGUUUGGUAUUUCGGGAGUGACGUGUCUGUUUAGGUGCCUCAGCUAACGAUACGUUGAGACUGGAUGCGAAACAACCACAUUAGCUGUGAUAAACACGACGAAUAAACGUUGUUUGGCUUCAGAAGUCACACAGAAACCCUCUUGAUUAAAUUAAAUUGUACAGAAAUGCUGCUAUUUUUUAAGUAAGCAUCCGCGGCUGUCGAGUUUUAACGCUAACUGUGUAUGGGGUCAACGUUAGCAUAAGUUAACAUUAAAUGUACAGUUGACGCAGGCGCAGUGGGCCAUUAAAGCUGCAAAUACUUGUUCCUGUUAUCCCGGGAUACUCAAGAGAUGAGUCAGGCGGAGCAGGUGCCUGAGGACAUGCCUGCAUACCUCCAAGAUGAGCCAGGUACUACAGACACCCUCAAGGACCACCCACAGACACAGCCAGGCAUGUUUGGCAGGCUGGCGGGGGGAUUGUACGGCGCCACCAAGGGGGCUUUAGGAGCGACGGUGGGCGGUGUGACCUGGAUAGGAGGAAAGAGUCUGGACCUCACCAAGACCGCUGUCACUUCUGUAGCUGCGGUGCCCGCAAUGGGAGUGGGGCUGGUUAAAGGAGGAGUAUGUGCUGUAGCAGGAGGAGUGACCGCUGUCGGUUCUGCAGUGGUCAGCAAAGUUCCCAUAGGAGGAGGCAAAAAGAAGGACAAGUCUGACUGACGGGAAGAGGAGAGUGAACGCACACAGCUGAGGUUGUUUUACAAUCAACAGCGGCUGAGCAGGAAAAGAGCAACAGAAGACUCAAAAGUUCAGUGUACAUGUUUUGGUGAGGGGUCUGCGCUUUGUUUUUGAUUUCUUUUUUUCUUAAGUUUGUUUUAUAUAUAUAUAUAUAUAUAUGUAUAUCUAUAUAUAUAUAUAUACAUAUAUAUAUAUUUUGUAAACCCCACAUUCAUUCAAUUAUGUGGUAAGGACCUACAAAGCAAGAACUUACAAAGACUCUCCUGCUCUGUUGUGAAAGGAAAACUAUGAUCACCAGUGCCUGAAAUAAAAUGUCCAUGUUUCAUUAUUUAUAAUAAACCACAACACUUUUUUUCACUGUAUUUGACAGAUUAGUUAGCUUUAGCACCAGAGGAGAACAGCUUAGCAAAGUAAGCGUUAAUGCACUAAAAUGUCACUUGCAAGACAAUCAAUGAUUGAUUAUGAUCUAUAACUGACAAUGAGGUGUUUAUUGGGAAUUGGAAAUGUUUCACUGUCCACUGGCAAACACUUUUAAACGGAUCUGGAAAUGUGCACAGCAUUCUUAAAACACCUUCCUGUUCAGUAAAUUGUUCAGGAUUCACAAAUGAACAAAUAAGUCUGAAGAUGUGAAAAGUGCGGUCCAGUUUAAUAUGGUUGUGACAAUUUGGAUUUUCCUCUGGUUAUGUCCUCAGCUCAGUGAGAAACAACUCCUUCUUUUGAUACAGAAUCUGAUUUAUUACAACAAGAGUUGGAGUAUUUUGAUUGCGAUGAACUUUAUUUCCAGUCAGAAUUACAGCAAUGACUGAACUAGUUGAGUCUAAGUUUGUUGAAUCACAUUUUAUAUGUUACACUUCUUUUGGCUCCGCUAUACUUAUUUUGACAUGUUGCCGCUCUCAAAUCAAUAUAUUUAAUAUGUCUCCUUCAAAAAUAAAUGAGUCACAUUUGGACACAGAAGUUUCAUAAAUGUAAAAUAAAUGUCUUCCACUGCACCAAAGCUUGACCCGUAAAAGGACACUUAGUUCUGAACCAUAACAUUUCCCAAACGCUCCUCUAUUAUGGCCUAUAUGGUCACCGUGUUUACUAUUUCAAUACCUUUUUAACUGUAAAAUGCAAGCCUUGUGUCAUGCAGAACUAAGGUUUCAAAGCUGUUAUUUUUAUCAGUGUUGCAGAAUGUUUGGAAGUUUGCUGAACAGUGAGAAUUUAUUGAAACAUGACUAUGUUGUAUUCAAUACUUGUUUAAAUAAAACAAAUGCUGAAGGUUG